UUUAAAUAUCUAUCCAAGCCUCAAUAUUUUUUUUUUUCGGCCUAGUUAAGCCAAUCACCUGGAACCCCUUGUUCGACCAUCUUCGUCCAUCGAACUUUCCUGAUGGAUAAGCAAGAUAGUCACCAUAACCAAGCCCUCUUGCCAAACCAGUGUGGCUCAAGCCAUAGCCAAACCAUAGACGCACCACUCCCCUUAGUUUGGUCCAUAAUCCGCCAAUUCGACAACCCUCAAGCCCACAAGCAGUUCAUCAAGAGCUGCACCAUGCGCGCCGGCGACGGCGGCACCGCCGGGAGCAUACGUGAGGUUACAGUCAGCUCCGGCUUGCCGGGGAGUAGCAGCAUGGAGAGGCUUGACAAGCUCGACGACGACAAGCAUGUCAUGAAUUUCAGCAUUGUUGGUGGUGACCACAAGCUUGCAAACUAUAGUUCCAUCACCACACUGCAUAAAGAGGACGAGGAAGAAGAAAAGGGUGGAUCGGAAAAGACGGUGGUGACUCAGUCGUAUGUGGUGGAUGUUCCGGCCGGAAGUAGCAAGGAGGAUACUUGUUUGUUUGCUGAUACUAUUGUUGGAUGUAACCUGAGAUCAUUGGCUAAAGUCACAGAAAAGAUGGCUGAGAACUCAGUUCAUCAAGAGGUUUUGGUAAGACAGAUGUAUUGUUAGGAAACUAAUCUGUCAUAUCUACUAUGUUAAUGCAGAUCGGUACACUGAUUGAGUUGUAUACGAGCUGUAACUUUCCUUCUAUGUAAUCUAGAUAGUUAACAGGUUCCUGACUUGUAGGAACUAAUUGUGAUAGCUCUUGUAUAAAGGAUACUUUCCUAUGUAAAUGAAAUUAUCAUUCCCAGUCUA